UUUGUGUCUGAUGUCACUCAGUUAGAACGCGCGUCGCUUAUCUCACACCAAUCUCUCAGUCACCUCCAGCAUUGUGUAGCAGUCGUUAUACAAAAAAAAAUAACAAAAAAAGAAAUCAUGAAUAUUAUUCACGUUUUCAUCGCAAUCACGUUUAUGAAAUACUCAAAAUGCUAUGUCAUUGAAGACUCGGGAAAAGUGGACGCACAAAAGCAGCUAUUAAGAAAAUUGGAAAUUUUACAAGAACCAAAAAAUGAAAUAUCUACAUCGCAAAUAGAAAAACCAAUUGGAGUGCCAGAAAACGGAACAAGCACAACGCAGCAAAAACAUGAAAAUGAAACGGUCCUUAGAGAAGAUAAGGAGAAGAGUUGUCUAACUCUGUUCUUCGAUCAGGUUGCCAAAAUAUUCAAACACUUAUUUUACGGGGACGUUGAAAAACCGAGCAAUUCUAGAAUUGAACUUCUCGAAUCGGAUUUUGCAGUAACCAACGAUAGUGGAACUUCAAGGGAGAUAUCCAAUCAUCACGACAUAUUUCCCAACAGAUUCGACUUGACUGACCCUAACGCUGAAGUGGAAAUCUUCGAGCCGAGGUAUCACGGUCGACUGAAAGAAGAGACUAAAGAAGCAUUGAAAUGUCCUGAAGGAUACAUAAUGACGCCCAAUGGUUGUACCGUGAGAAAUUCUAAAAUGAUUAUAUCGGUGCCUAAUCAAUGUCCCAUUGGAUAUAGACAAGAUUGGUUGGGAUUCUGCAGGAAAAUAAUGUUUUUCGGAGGAAAAAUUGCCUACAAUGAUUAUUAGUGGUUUGCAAAGCUGAAAUUCUUUUCAGACCUUUCUCGGUGAUUCGUAAAAAAAUCAGUUCACUGUUUUUUAUAAUAUUAUUUUAAUAGAAAUUACAAGAUACCUACAUAUUGUGUGAAAGAAGACAAUUUACGCCUCGUCUGAGGUAAAACAUAUCCUGAAACAUAAAUAAAGAAUGUAUCAAAAGUUUAAUAAUCUCAUACAAUAACAACGUUGCGACAUUUUUAAUUUCUUAUUGUAUUCGUUUCGUGUUAUUUUGUAUUUUAAAUUCAGGAAAUAUAUAGGUAAGGAUGAAUACAAGGGAUAAAGAAUAAAGUUGGGAAUGAAGGUUUACGGUAAUGUGAGAGGGGUGACUUAAAAGACAGACUGUGUGAAAGGAGAUAUAGAGAGAUACGUUGAGCCGACUCCAUAUAGUGGUAUAAGAGCAAGAAAAAAAUACAAAGAAUAAAAAUUUGUGAAUAUAAGAAAACUAGUCUAAAACUGGUCUUAUUGGUGGUAGGACCUCUUGAGUGAGUCCGCACGGGUAGGUACCACCACCCUGCUUAUUUCUGCCCAAAAACAGUAAUGCGUUUCGGUUUGAAGGGUGUGGCAGCCAUUGUAACUAUACUGAGACCUUAGAACUUAUAUCUCAAGACGGGUGGUGCAUUUACGUUGUAAAUGUCUAUGGGCUCCAGUAACCACUUAAUACCACGUGAGCUGUAAGCUCAUCCACCCAUCUAAGCAAUAAAAAAAAAAGAUCAGCGUACUCUUAUGUAAAAUGUAUAACGAAUCAACAUAAUAUAUUCAGCUUUCGGAAGUACUUCACUUUUUUCAAUGCCUUAGUCUCGUUCAAAAGUUUGGCGACAUAAUUGAAGUAUCGGUCACUUUAAAAUAAUUUUUAAUGACUAUGUAUUUUGAAAAUAUCAAAUAACAGACACCCGUGUCAUAAGCAAGUGCACUUCUAAAUUAUAACGUAAAAGCAAUAGAACUCAUAAUCGACCGACUCUUAGACAAGCUAUUGGCAAUGUUAUUAACGUGAAUUCAACAAAUUCGCUUGCUCGUCUCUCAAUAGUGAAUCUUCAAGGUCAUCCUUUUAAUUCAUCAUAUACUUGAAGGUCUUGUUUAUACUCGAAUAACAUAGUAUAUUAAAUAUUUUAUGAGUUAAA